CGAGGGCCAAGCCCUGAGGAGGCAUGUCCCGAGGCGGCCCCGCGCGCGCCCUUCCCUUCCGCUGCCCUCCGGGCCGGACCUAGGCCUCCCACUGCAAGCGCCAUCCGGCCAGCGACUGGGCCUUAGGGCUCUCUGUCGGGGCCCGGCGCCUUAGCGCCCAUGUGCAUGGUCUGCUUCGUGAAGGCGCUGGUGCACUUGUUCAAGAUCUACCUGACGGCAAACUACACCUACAACUUCCGCGGCUGGCCUGCGGACUUCCGCUGGGGUGACGUGCGCGCCGCCAACGGGGGCCGCAGCGGUCACCGGGCGCUGACGUGCGCCGCGGCCGCGGCGGGCGUGUGGCCCGGGGGCGCGGCGCUGGGCGAAGACGCGCAGGGGCGGCCGUCCCGCGGUGCGCGCAGCCAGGCGCAGUGCCUCCUGCAGCAGAUCCGUGAGCUGCCCGGCCGGCUCGCCAGCUACGCGCUGGCCCACUCAAUGGGCCGCUGGCUCGUGAACCCCGGCUCCGUGUUCCUGAUGACGCGCGCGCUGCUGCCGCUGCUGCAGCAGGGCCAGGAGCGCCUGGUGGACCGCUACCGCGGCCGGUGCGCCAAGCUGGUGGCCUGUGACAGCAACGAGAUCAACACCAUGUUCAUGGAACGCCGCCAGCGCCCGGGCAGCCAUGGCCGCGGCCUGCGCCUCAUCAUCUGCUGCGAGGGCAACGCCGGCUUCCACGAGAUGGGCUGUCUGUCGGCGCCGCUGGAGGCCGGCUAUUCAGUGUUGGGCUGGAACCACCCAGGCUUCGGUGGCAGCACGGGCGCGCCGUUCCCUCAGCACGACGCCAACGCCAUGGAUGUGGUGGUCAAGUACGCGCUGCACCGCCUGCACUUCCAACCCGUGCACGUGGUGGUCUAUUACGGCUGGUCCAUCGGUGGCUUCACAGCCACGUGGGCCACCAUGACGUACCCGGAGCUGGGCGCGCUGGUGCUCGAUGCCACCUUUGACGACCUUGUGCCGCUGGCGCUGAAGGUCAUGCCCCACAGCUGGAAGGGACUGGUGGUGCGCACGGUGCGCGAGCACUUCAACCUCAACGUGGCCGAGCAGUUGUGCCGCUAACCCGGGCCAGUGCUGCAGCUCCGGCGCACGCUGGACGACGACGUGGUCAGCACCUCGGGCCACCUGCGCCCCCUGCCGUCGGGCGACGUGGAGGGCCACCGCGGCAACGAGCUGCUCCCGCGCCUGCUGCAGCGCCGCUACCCAGCCGUGAUGGCGCGCCAGGGCCUCGCUGUCGUGACCCGAUGGCUGCGUGCCGGCAACCUGGCGCAGGAGGCCGCCUUCUACGCGCGCUACCGCGUGGACGAGUGGUGCCUAGCCCUGCUGCACUCCUACCGCGCACGCUGCGAGGACCGGCAAGAGGACGAGGAGGCCUGGGGCCCACACGGGCUCGCUUUCCCCUGGCUAGUGGGCCAGGGCCUGAGCCGGCGGCGGCGCCAGCACCUCAGGAACGUGGAGGCGACCCACUGCAGUCCGCUGGAACCCGAGAACUUCCAGUUGCCCUGGAGGCUGUAGACCGUGCUUCUGCGUGUCCCUUCUCCCACCCGCCACCCCAAACCAGUAAAGCUGGCCCUGCCCAGGAUCCCCACCUGGUGUCUGGGGCAGGGUGGGGCAAUGCAAAGGGACCUGGCACUCUCCCUUACUGGGGCAUCCCCUUCCCUCCUUUCUCUUCCUUCCUCCAACAUUUGUGGACGGUCCCACUCUGCUCCCAGCUCCUAAAGGGAAUGCAAAGAUUAACCUGACCCAGUUUAUGGCAACACUGUGUGAUGGGUGCCUUGAUCACCUAGAAAGGAUGGUGUGAACAUGGGCUGUGGGACACCAGGAGGCGUCCUUCACCUGGCCUGGGUUACAGGAUGACUCUGGGAAAGAUGAGUGUUGAAGGGUCUGUGCAAGUCGCCUCUGACUAUGAAAGGACACUGGCUUUGGAAGGGCUGUAAAAGUCUUAGCAGCUGGACCUCCCCAGGAGUGCGAUGCUGCUGCUUCAUAGGGUUCCCCCCGCCCCAUUCCUGGCUUCUACAGGAUGGGGUUCACUGUGGAACCACAGACUCAGAGUAAGUGGCAGGCAGUCCAGGUGGAACUACAGACACACCCGCACUGACCACUCCUUGCUUUGUUCCUGGCUCAGAGACACCGUACAGAAUGAGAGACAGGCGCUCUGCCCGCCACCCUCUGAAAUGCAGUUGCAUCCUUACCACCUGCCCUUAAUUGUAUGAAGCAGGGGCUACGGCUGUCCUCAGCCCCUGGGGACAGGGGCUGGCCAGGGUGGUUUCAGCUAGAAACUCUGGAAAAGCUGAAAGAAGGCAAGUGGGGCGGGCAUAUAAUUGACGGCCCCAGAGUAGGACCUGGCCUGGAUGCACCUGGGCCAGUGCAAGCAGAGGCAGGUACUUAAGGUGACCUAAAGUACCAGGAAGACCUAUGGGGAGAAGGUGAGCUUUGAGCUGAGACAGUAAGAGGAGUUAGCCAGGUGAAGGAAUGGAUUUCCUUCCUAGGGAUCAGUACAUGCAGGGUGGCUUGGCUGUUUGCGGGAAUGCUGUCCAGAAGGGUCAGAUCCUCAAGGGUUUGAAUACCACUAAAGCAUUGGUCCCCAACCUUUUUGGCACCAGGGACCGGUUCCGUGGAAGACAAUUUUUCCACGGACAGGGGGGAGGGAAAGGUUCAGGUGGUGAUGCGAGCGAUGGGGAGCCGCAGAUAAAGCUUCGCUCGCUUGCCCGCCGCUCACCUCCUGCUGUGCAGCCCCAGCCCCCGCACUAAAGGAUUGCUUGCAGAGGCAAUUAGUAGCCAAGGAAGGGUAGUCGUGGGACUUGUUUUAGCGGGACCGGGUUGCCUAAUGGCUACACACCUCUCCUUUGACAAGUUUCGCAAACUCUUCUCCGGAGUCUGCAGGAAGCAACUCAACUAGCUGAGUGACGGGCAAGUAACUCUGGCCUCAGUUUUCUCAUCUGUAAAGUGGGGAGGGCCCCAUCUGUCUCACCGGGUUGCUGUGAAAAGGAAGUGAGAGAACACGGGGUCGAGGGGCGCCAUCAGCCAGAAGAGAGCAACUCGUGGUCGCGCCUUUUUCUGCGCAACCCUCAUACAACUUAAAAAUCCCUACAAAAAGGACAGACCCAAAAAGGAAAAGAGCCCCAAAGUCAGUGGGUCAGCCCUCGGAGGGAUCGCGAGCGGCCUGAGUCUGACCCGCCGAAGUACGUGAGCCGUGGCGCUCGCGGCUGGGGCAAGCACCCUGGAGACCUCCAAGAGGCCCACCUCCGUGAUCCCGUAGUGCCAUAUUUCACGGUCCUCCCAGUUCCCACCUUACCCCGUGCACCUCAAGACCG